CACGACUUAGCAGAAAAGCAACGCCGUGGUGAGGUAAAUACAACUGCACCUCUUGGUUUCCUGAAGGCAGAGGGCACCGUUUCGAUACCCUCUGUCGCCAUGGCGUCAAUGUCUUUACAAUCGAUAAAACAAUUAAUGAAAGCGAUGGUGGAUCACUCGGGUUUCGACCGAGUCCUGAACAAGAUGAACAUUGUGUCAGCGAUCCCUGGUAAGAUGGUGUGUGAGAUGAAGGUGGAGGAGGAGCACACGAACCGAGGAGGGACCCUGCACGGCGGACUCACGGCCACACUGGUGGAUGUGGUCUCCACUGGGGCCAUCAUGUACAGUGAACGCGGCUUACCGGGGGUCAGUGUUGACAUGAACAUAACAUACAUGAAUGCCGCCAAAAUAGGGGAGGAUGUGCUGAUCACUGCUCAGGUUCUGAAGCAAGGGAGGACCCUGGCCUUCGCCACUGUAGACCUUACGAACAAGGCCACAGGGAAAAUGAUUGCACAAGGGAGGCACACAAAGCAUCUUGGCAGCAGCUAAUUCGCCUACCCAAUGUGCCUGUAAAUUGUAAUGUAACGUCAUGGCGCAGCCAAAUAAAGACUAUUAACUGAAAAUGAAAGCCCACUGUGUCCUGU